AAGAAAGAAAAGAGAGAUGAACGAAGUGUGGAAGAGAAGGAAAACGAGCGGGAGCGUACAGAAGCAAGGAAGGAACAAAAAGGGUAGAAAGUUAAGGCACCAGAAUAAUAAAAAGCAACACUACUACUUAACUAAUAAAACCGAGUCUCUCUCUCUGUCUCUUCUCUAAUAGCAAUAUAUAUUCUUCAGGGCUCCAGAGAGAUUGAAAGAGGAUUGGUGCGGUUGUUGACAAAUGGACCAUGAGGUUGUUCAGCGAGUAUUCCAAGAAGGAGGCCGCGAUUACUUCCAGCAACAGCCUUCUACUUCCUCCUCCUCCUCCUCCAUCCUCCAAUCUCUCCCUCUUCACGUGUCUUUUGAUCAUGGAUAUUAUUUAUUGGUAAAAUCUAUUCAAGAGCUCAGAGAGAAAAAAGAAGGUCUUGUUACUGUUGGCAUUGGUGGUCCUAGUGGUUCAGGCAAAACAAGCUUAGCAGAGAAGGUGGCUUCUGUAAUUGGUUGUGUUGUUAUAUCAAUGGAGAAUUAUCGCAUGGGAUUUGAUGAUGGGAGUGAUUUGGAUUCAAUUGAUUUCGAUACACUGAUACAAAAUCUUGAGGAUUUGACCAAAGGAAAAGAUACUUCGAUACCUAUGUUUGAUUACCAACAGAAAAGACGUAUUGGUUCCAAAGGAAUAAACAGCACAUCAUCUGGAGUGGUAGUAAUUGAUGGUGCCUAUGCUCUGCAUGCAAGACUGCGCUCCUUGCUGGAUAUCCGGGUUGCUGUGGUUGGCGGAGUUCAUUUCAGUCUUCUUUCUAAAGUUCAAUACGACAUUGGGGAUUCUUGUUCAUUGGAUUACCUUAUUGACAGCAUAUUCCCACUGUUUAGGAAACACAUUGAGCCAGACCUUCACCAUGCACAGAUUAGAAUCAACAACAGCUUUGUCUCAUCAUUUAGAGAAGCAAUCUACAAGCUGAAAUGUAGAAGUGAGUCACCAGAUGGACAUCCUGCUUAUGCCUUCCAAGGAACAGCACAUACAGAUAAUUUUAUUGAGAUGUACCUUAGACCUCCUUCAGCAAGUGAAGAAGCACUGACAAAUGAUUGGAUCAAGGUGCGGCAGUCUGGCAUCAAAUAUUAUCUAUCACUUGGGGACCAGAGAAUUGUCGACAAAAAUUUUAUUAUCAGGCCAAAAGCUGAGUUUGAGGUUGGGAGAAUGACACUUGGUGGGUUGCUGGCUUUAGGGUACAAUGUUGUAGUGAGUUAUAAACGGGUGUCUUCAUCUGUUAGCAAUGGAAAUCUUUCACUGUCGUUGGAGACCAUUGAUACUCUUGGUGAGACAUUCAUGGUGCUGAGGGGCAUGAAUAGGAAAACUGUUGGAGCAGAGGCAACGAGGAUGGGUAUUAAUGGACCUUGGAUCACCAAGUCAUAUCUGGAAAUGAUUCUUCAGAGAAAAGGUUGCAUUUUGGUUGGUUUGUCUGGUAUAGAUCAAAAGUUCUCCUUUCUACAAUUUGCUACUUCACUUGCAGGUGUGCCACGUCUUAACACACCACCACUAUUGCCUAAUACUUCUAUGACAAGCAAUCAAGAAAGGGUCAUUUUUGCCCCAAGGCCAAUCCGUACCUCUCCAAACCUUGUUAAUCGGCUUGAGGAUUUAUCUCAACCAUGGACUCGGUCACCAACAAAAUCUAAAAUGGAGCCAAUAGUAGCAACAUGGCAUUUUAUAUCAUCAGAUACGUCACAUGGGAGUUCAGUCAGAGAUUCUUCCUCUUUCAGGGAUAACAUGAAGAUUGCUCCUAUGCCUGAUUCAUAUGAUUUGGAUAGAGGGUUGCUUCUUGCUGUUCAAGCGAUACAGGCUUUGUUGGAGAAUAAAGGCCCCCCUGUCAUUGUUGGAAUUGGAGGCCCAAGUGGAUCUGGAAAAACUAGUCUGGCUCACAAAAUGGCUAACAUUGUUGGGUGCGAAGUAGUUUCCCUUGAAAGCUAUUUUAAAUCUGAACAAGUGAAAGAUUUUAAGUAUGAUGACUUUAGCUCUCUAGAUCUGGCUUUGCUUUCAAAGAAUAUUGGUAACAUAAGGAAUGGUAGAAGAACAAAAGUACCCAUAUUUGAUUUGGAGACUGGUGCUCGUAGUGGAUUUAAAGAACUUGAAGUUUCUGAAGAUUGUGGCGUGAUCAUUUUUGAAGGGGUUUAUGCUCUGCAUCCUGAAAUCCGAAAAUCACUUGACCUGUGGAUUGCUGUUGUAGGUGGUGUGCAUUCACAUCUUAUUUCUCGAGUUCAAAGGGAUAAAAGUAGAGUGGGGUGUUUUAUGUCCCAAAAUGAGAUCAUGAUGACAGUGUUUCCAAUUUUUCAGCAGCAUAUUGAGCCGCAUCUUGUUCAUGCGCAUCUCAAAAUUCGAAAUGACUUUGAUCCUGUUCUUUCCCCUGAGAGUUCUUUGUUUGUUUUGAAGAGUAAUAAGCAAGUGGCUUCUCAAGAUAUUUUGAAAAUCUUAGAUCCUGUGAAGUUGUGCAGUUCUGUUCAGAAUUUCAUUGAUAUAUAUUUAAGGCUACCUGGACUUCCUACAAAUGGGCAGCUGGCAGAGAGUGACUGCAUACGAUUCAGAAUCUGUGAGGGUAGAUUUGCAUUGUUGAUACGGGAGCCUAUAAGAGAAGGGAAUUUCAUUAUUCAACCAAAAGUGGAUUUUGAUAUCAGCACCAGCACGGUCGCUGGCCUUCUUAACCUUGGGUAUCAAGCGGUAGCAUGCAUUGAAGCAUCUGCAUAUAUCUACCAAGAUGGAAAGAUUCUCAUUGAGGUUGAUCAUCUGCAAGACACCCCUAGUCCUUACUUACAGAUCAAAGGGGUUAAUAAGGAAUCUGUAGCAGCAGCUGGUUCAACACUUAAACUGGAUGGUUCAUAUACAACCAAGAGUUAUCUGCAGAUCAUUUUGGAAAGAUUACCAGCAAUGCAAAGAAGUUACAGUGGAAUUCAUGCUCAACAAGCUGCAAGGUUGCAGGAACUUGUUGAAUUUAUACAAUCUCAGGGAAGCAGCUCAGCUCCAGAACCCUCUCCAGGUAGGGACGCUGCUCCUUUAGAAGGGGUAAUUGAGGACAUGCAGUCUAGAAUCAAAAGGCUGGAAAGAUGGCAUGCUAUCAACACGGUGCUAUGGACUUUUCUGAUGUCUGCUCUUGUUGGUUAUUCGCUUUACCAAAGGAAGCACCAAUGACAUUUCUCGGAUAGGUUGCGAGUUUAAAGGUAACAGAGUCUCAUUGCAUUGAAGCGUGCCAUGUUGGGCUAACAGAAACUUCUGACAGUUGCAUGUUUCUCCUGAUAUGUGACUUUGAGUUGCAAAGUUUUUACAUCGAAUCUUAUUUUCUUUUCAACAAACUUGGACCCUGCUGUUCAAUUGUUCCACUUUGUAAAUACAUGAAUUGGGUGGAAAUGUGAAUAACUAUUUGACGUUAGACAGUAAACAUGAGUUCUCUUGUAAUCGAGCUAAGAGUUCUGUUUCUUUUUC